CGAAGUCCAACAAACCUUUGGAUCGAUCAUGUUCAGCACCGCGUCGACCUCCAAGACCAACCUGCCAGCGCCCGUGCUGCCCUGGGUGGAGAAGUACCGUCCGAAGAACGUGGACGAGAUCUCGCACCAGGAGCACGUAGUGGCCACGCUCAAGACGUCCAUCGCCAAUGGACAGCUGCCACACUUGCUCUUCUACGGGCCCCCAGGAACAGGCAAGACGUCCACCAUUGUGGCGGUGGGGCGCCAGCUCUUCGGCCCGGACUUCCGCAAGAACGGCCGAUUCCUGGAGCUGAACGCGUCGGACGACCGAGGCAUCAAGGUGGUGCGCGAGAAGGUUAAGAGCUUCGCCCAGGGCGCCAUUAGCAGCGCCAGCGGACUCCCUCCCUUCAAGAUCAUCGUGCUGGAUGAGGCUGACUCCAUGACGGGCGACGCGCAGUCGGCGCUGCGUCGCAUGAUGGAGAACUACUCCAAGGUGACGCGCUUCUGCCUCAUCUGUAACUACGUGAGUCGCAUCAUCGAGCCUGUGGCCUCCCGAUGUGCCAAGUUCCGUUUUGCCCCACUUGAGAGGGGCUCCAUGGCGUCUCGCGUGCGCUUCAUCGCUUCCGAAGAGCACGUUAAUGUGCCGGACCCGGUGUUGGAAUCGCUGCUCGAGUGCUCGAACGGUGACUUGCGUAAGGCCAUCAACUACCUGCAAAGUGCCAAGCAGCUCUGUGGAGAUGACGAACUGUCCCAGGAUGAUGUCAUUGCCGUGGCUGGUCUUGCUCCGCCCGAGCUUCUGAAGCAAUUCUGGGUCUCCGUGGCGUCGAACAGCUUCGAGAAGAUGAAGACGGACAUUGAGAGCAUUCUGCUGGCUGGAUACCCAGUGCUCACGAUUUUGCGCCAGCUGAACGACGAUGUUCUGGCGCUGGACAAGCUGAACGACGUGCAGAAGGCGAAGAUCAGUCUGCGCAUUGCCGAGGCCGACAAAAGGCUUGUGGACGGCGCCAGUGAACACUUCCAGUUGCUAGACGUUGCAUCGUACGCCAUGCGCGUUUACCACUCGGCGUAA